UGAAGCGGUGUGAAGGAUGCUCAGCUCAGACUCUCUGUGCACUCACACAGCAUCAUGUCUACUAUGAUGAGUGGCUUACUGAACAUGGCGAGUGUGGCGGAUUUCGAGGCGCUCGCGGCGGCGAUUCCCGCCACUAAAGUUGAGAUCACCGUGUCGUGCAGAAACCUCUUGGAUAGAGACACUUUCUCAAAAUCUGACCCAAUUUGUGUGCUGUAUACUCAAACGGUGGCAAGCAGGGAGUGGAGAGAGUUUGGCAGAACAGAAGUGAUUGACAACACCCUGAAUCCAGACUUUGUGCACAAAUUCAUCUUAGACUACUUUUUUGAAGAAAGACAAAACUUACGCUUUGACCUGUAUGACCUUGACUCAAAGAGUGAAAACCUCUCUAAACAUGACUUCUUGGGUCAGAUGUACUGUACUCUGGGAGAGGUGGUGGGCUCUCUGGGUAGUCGAAUGGAAAGACCACUCGCAGGUAUUCCUGGCAAGAACUGCGGGGCCAUUAUUGUGAAAGCAGAGGAACUUGGAAAUUGCAGGGAGUCAGUAUUAAUGCAGUUUUGUGGCAACAAACUGGACAAGAAAGAUUUCUUCGGGAAGUCAGACCCUUUCCUGGCUUUUUACCGUACCAAUGAAGACGGGACAUUUACCAUCUGCCAUAAAACAGAGGUGGUGAAGAACACGCUGGACCCUGUGUGGCAGGCCUUCAAGAUCCCCGUCAGAGCGCUGUGUAAUGGGGAUUAUGACAGAGCAAUAAAAAUCGAGGUGUAUGACUGGGACAGAGACGGCGGUCAUGACUACAUCGGGGAGUUCAGCACCAGCUACAGGGAACUGUCUAAGGGCCACUCUCACUUCACUGUGUGGGAGGUGCUGAACCCCAAGAAGAAGAAAAAGAAGAAAAAAUAUCUCAACUCAGGAACCGUCACCCUGCUGUCCUGCUUCAUUGAUGUUGAGGUCACGUUCCUGGACUACAUCAAAGGAGGCACUCAAAUCAAUUUUACGGUGGCAAUUGAUUUUACAGCAUCAAACGGUAACCCAUCCCAGCCUACCUCUCUGCAUUACAUGAGCCCGUAUCAUCUGAAUGCGUACGCGCUGGCCCUGAGAGCCGUGGGGGAGAUUAUUCAGGACUAUGACAGUGAUAAGAUGUUCCCUGCACUGGGGUUUGGUGCAAAAAUGCCUCCAGACGGUCGAGUGUCUCAUGAAUUCCCCCUGAACGGGAAUCCUGAUAAUCCAUACUGCAGCGGUAUAGAUGGAGUUCUUGAAGCAUAUUAUCAGAGUCUGAAGUCUGUUCGACUGUACGGACCGACAUACUUCUCACCUGUCAUUAAUCACGUGGCACGAUAUGCGUCGUUGGUAAAAGACGGAUCAGAAUACUUCAUUCUUCUCAUCAUCUCUGACGGGGUCAUCUCUGACAUGGCUCAGACAAAAGAGUCCAUUGUAAACGUAAGUACUGUAAUACAGAGCAAAAGCAAACUUCGCUCAAAUAUAAGUAAAGCGAAAGCGGUGACGUUUAUAAUCAGUCAUGAAACAAAUCCAGCUUGAUUACUUUGUAAUCGACAGGCCGAAGCGGUUAUUGUUCUUUACACUAGAAGAGAUGACUAUUAUAUGAAACAUUAGGCCCUCGCGCACUCCACAGAAGAGAAAAAUUAUCUCUCUCCCACUCGCAAAACUAGUUGGGGUAUGCCAGUACAGUAUGAAUAAUCCAGAAUUAGAAGAAAAAAGGCCUGAAUUGAAUCUAUUUGUCAUUCGCUGGAAAACACGUCAAGCGAGACACUGAAAUGAGAUUUAGUAAACUAGGUUGUGCAGGCUGUGAUGGGGAGAGUUUCUCGAAUGCCUGACAGGAGUCGUUUAUAAUGUGCAUAUGUCAGAGCGAGUGCUGUUUCACCCUCGAGCGAGGCGCAUUACCUGAACCUUAUGAAUCUGCAUCAUAUUUCAUACGUCAUAAUUACAGCACAAUGGCAGCCACCUCGUGGCACUUUUUCCUGAAUGGGAGAGAGAGAAAUUUAGCCCUUAGAAACGGAUGUAGAUGUGGUCAGAAAAAGUUUUGCUCCUAAAGAAGAAUCAUUGAAUCAUGGCUCAUGACUCACGACAUUUGGGUCAAUUCUGUUAAAUAAUGGAAGUGUCAUACAGGUUGUUUUCUAGCUUUAUAAACCAUUUACAUAAAAAUAAUAUAUCACAAUAUCCUGAUACAAUAAUAUAAAUGAAAUGUAAAAAAAAUGCAUAGAAAAAAUACCAAUAUGGGUUGUAGAUCAUUUAAGGCCCCUUCACUUGAUAACUGUAUUAGUGUCCACUCUACACCAGCAAACAAUAAUAUUAUGUUUCUUCUAAGCUCACACGCUACACUUUUACAUUUUAAUGCACAACAUCUAUAGAUUUGAAUGGAUUUUGGUUGGCUGUCAAUGUAUAAUUGUUUAUCAGCUGGAAUAAAAACAUACUAAAGUGAUUCCAGUGAUGUUAAUCCUCUGUAUUAUUAUUGUUAAAGUCAUGAUGUGGAUAAAACUUUAGCUUAUAAUUAUUGUCCUUGGUGUAAAUAGGACUUUAUUUUAAAUAAACUUGCUCAACCAGGGCUCUUGACUAACUUUUUGCACUGGUUGCACUGGUGCGCCUAACUUUUUUUCUUAGGUGCACCAGCACAAAAGUUAGGUGCACCCAAAUUUUCGACCGCAUCGCAUUUAACACAAGUUCACUUUUUUUUUUAAAUCGCUGUCCAUAUAGGCAAUAUUGACUUGUAAAUGAUUAACUAACAAUCUGGUCAACAUAAAGUUCUUUAUUUGAAGCACAAUUCUACAAGAAAGCAGGGCUCUAGACUAACACUUGAGAGAGGUGGCACUGGUGCUACCAAGUUAUUCAGUUGGUGGCACCAGCCCUUAAUUUGAUAGCACCAGAGUCAUGGGGUGAGGUAAGAAAAAAUAAUCACUAAAACUUAAUUAAAAUGUGUUUAAUACAUUAAUAAAUCAAUUAGAAAUUAAUACAAAUCAUUGUUUA